AUCAAAACAUUCAAUUUAACCUAAAAUAUUUAUUUGACGCAAAGCUGGUGGCGUAUUUUUAUGUUUAAAUUGUUUGAAUAAAAUUAAAAUAAAUAUGAAAGAAACACCUUUAUCAACAUGCGAAAGAAACUUUAUAAUACAAGCUAUUAAACAAAAUCAGCGUUUGGAUGGCCGCAAAAAUGAUGAAUUUCGUCCCAUAAAAAUAAAUUACGGGGCCGAUUGGGGUAGUGUUUUGGUGGCUCUGGGAGAAACCAAAGUUAUAGCUCAAGUUUCCAGUGAAUUGGGUGUACCGAAGGCUGUUAGACCCAAUGAGGGUAUGCUGCAUAUAAACGUUGAGUUGGGACCCAUGGCUGCUCCACAUUUCGAAGCUGGUCGUAAUUCUGAACUUACCGUACAAUUGAAUAGGACCUUGGAAAGGACAUUUAAAGAAUCCAGAUGCUUAGACUUGGAGUCAUUGUGUAUACAGUCCGAAGAACGUGUAUGGAUUUUGCGAGUCGAUUUAAAUGUGCUCAACCAUGAGGGUAAUCUUUUCGACUGUUGUUCCGUAGCCACAUUGUGUGCUUUAAUGCAUUUUAGAAGACCCGAAGUUAGUUUAGUUGAAGAUGAUGUAGUUAUACAUACAGAGGCUGAAAAAGAGCCUCUGCCUAUGGUCAUGCACCAUUAUCCGGUUUGUGUUAGUUAUUGCACCUUCGAUGACGGUCGCAUAGCGGUAGCAGAUCCCACCAUAAUGGAGGAAAGAACUAGUGAAUCACAAAUGAUAUUUGGCAUAAAUUCAUUUAGAGAAUUGUGCUGCCUUAAUUUGGGCGGCUCUUCCUUAACAAGUUCCACCUUAUUAUUACAAUCAUCUAAGAGAGCAUCUAAUCAGGCAAAGAAAGUGGUAGACUUAGUUAAGCAAACUUUAGAAAAUGAUUUGGCGGCGAGAGAAAAUCGUUCCAAUGUUGGUUUUACCGAAUGUUUGAGACAGAAUACUAUCACUAGUCUAGCAGAAGAUCGCUUAGUCUUAAAACUAAGACACUUUACCUUUAAUGAUGUCGAGGAAACAGACGAACAAAGACGUAAAAAUGAAUUCUUUAAAAACUUGGCGGAUAAAGCAGAUGAUGAUGAUGAUGAUGACAGCGAGGGUGAAAUUACACUGGAAAGUAUGAAUGCUGCAAAAACUACCUCUGGUGAUGUGAAAAAAUCUACAAAUGAUACUAAAUGGAUGCCUGAGGAAGUUAACGACGCUAAUAUGGAAUCUGCUACUAGUAGCGAGGAAGAAGAAGUUUUGGAGAGAUCUACUAAGGUUAUAGAACAGCCUAAAGCUAGCAAGAAUAAAUCUGCUAGUAAAAAUAAACCUAAAGCGAAAAAGGCAACAGCUCAGAGAAAUACUGCAGACUCAACAUCAGAUUCUGAAGAGGAGGAACAAGUUGUUUUAUAGGUUAAAUGUAGUUUGUAAAAAUAUUAUAGGAUUUUAAUAAAUGUUGAAAAAAUAUUUUUUUAAACUUAAA